AUGUGUGGCAUCUUUCUAUCCGUCGCGAAAGCCCGGCCACGUUUACCCGACGAUGAGGCAGUUAUCAGUCUCAAAGCACGUGGUCCUGACAGUUACAAAGUCUUCCAGGUCGAUCUUGCUCCCCAUGAUCUUCAUUUGACUUUAGCCUCCUCGGUUCUCGCCUUGCGGGGUGAUGCUGUGCAGGAGCAGCCACUGGUGGACCAGGCCACUGGUUGUAUUCUCUGCUGGAAUGGCGAAGCUUGGAAAAUCCAUGGCAAGAGUGUUCUCGCCAACGAUUCGAGCGAGGUUUUCAGCCUCCUGCUCUCUGCUUCGACAAGCUCAGAACAUGAGUCCUCUCAGAACAUAUCCAGUGUUUUGAGUAGUAUUGAUGGGCCAUUUGCUUUCGUCUUUUACAAUGCGCUCACUUCUACUAUUUACUAUGGCCGAGACAAGCUAGGUCGACGUUCUCUUCUCAUCGACAGUUUCUCAACCGAGUUACAAUCGCUGACUUUGGCUAGUACUGGUGUGGUAAGGAACAACCCUUCACUUGUUGAAGUUGCAACAGAUGCCAUCCAUUCAAUAUCCGUGGUGAGCGGUAAAGUCAACCAGGGCAAAAUCCCAUGGCAGACUUCACUUCCAUCUCUAAACAAACUCCCCUUGUCAGAGAAUGCUAUCCCAAGCACUCCGACGACGACAACAAUCAAACAACUGCAACUUAAUUUAAGCAAUGCCCUUCAAUUGCGAGUCAGGGAUAUCCCUGACCACUCACACCGCCAGAUAGGUAAAGGCUCUGCUAAAGUUGCAGUUCUAUUUUCAGGGGGUCUCGACUGUACGCUCCUUGCGCGAAUUACGCACAACAUUCUACCACUCGACGAGACUAUUGACUUGAUCAAUGUAGCAUUCGAAAACCCUCGAUCUAUGGCAGCCAGAAAAGGCCCCCCAACAGCUCCAUAUGAAUUGUGUCCUGACCGCAUCACAGGUCGUUCCAGCUACACCGAACUCACCCAUGUUUGCCCUGAACGUAAUUGGAGAUUUGUCGCUGUCAAUAUCCCGUACUCUGAAGCUAUGGCUCAUAGAUCUGCCAUCAUAGAUCUUAUGCAUCCUCACAAUACGGAAAUGGAUCUCUCGAUUGCAAUGGCCCUGUACUUUGCUGCGCGUGGUCAAGGUCAAACCCGGGAACUGAUAUAUUCUGAGCCUGGACAAGAAAUGAUGUACAUUUCCACAGCACGCGUGCUGCUUUCUGGCCUAGGGGCGGAUGAAAUCUUUGCAGGCUACUCACGCCAUGCUGUAGCAUUUGCUCGUGAAGGAUUCCAAGGCUUAGCAGAUGAGCUCGAACUUGAUUUCAACCGGAUUGGAUCUCGCAACUUGGGUCGGGAUGACCGCAUGAUGAGCCAUUGGGGAAAAGAAGUUCGCUACCCUUACCUUGACGAAGAAUUUGUCCGCUUCGCCCUUGAUCUUCCUCUCUGGGAAAAGGCCGGCUUUAGGACAGACAGAUUAAUUCCAAGGCAUUACGAAGAGCUGCAGACAGUUCACAGGCGGGAGGACCUCGAGCCAGCUAAAAUGCUCCUGAGACUUGCCAUGUGGGAUAUGGGCAUGAAGCAUGCUGCAAUAGAACGCAAGAGGGCCAUCCAGUUCGGGGCCAAGACUGCGAAAAUGGGCACUGGGAAGGGAAGGACGAAAGGGACUGAUCUUCUCGAUAUCAUUUCAUCAUAG